AUGAAAGCCAUUGAGGGAGCUGAGGUACCUUUGGGGAUAAAUGCUUUCACCCUGAUUCCAAACCAGAAAUACAGAAGAAGUUGCAGACAUUUGCAAUCCAAGAAGGAUGGUGACAGGCUGGAAAACUUUCACAUACAAUAUAACUGUGGCUACUUCCAGAUAAUACCGGUUGAAAUCUUUCACAAGGUGUUGUGUUAUCUUUCAGUGACAGACAUCAGUGUUCUGAGCAUGGCAUCAAAAGUGGUUGGCACUCAGAUUGUGGGCUAUAUUGCCACUUCAUCUGGAAUCAGACGGCUUCUAUUGGAGGGAUUCCACUCUACCGAUAUUUCUAAGGAAUCAUUUGAGUUGGAACACUACAGAUCUUUAGGUUUGCUGUUUAAAAGAUGUACUCUUUUGUUGCCCACUAAAGAGAGACUAAAAUUUGUGCAUAACCAAUUAUUAAAGAAUCCAUGCUUUAGGAUGGGUGGCUGUACUAUGCUUGUACAGUGUUCAGGAUUUGCUUGUUUCGGGAUGUUAUUGCAGACUCUUAUAGCAGGCUGGGAUGAGCUGGAGUGCCACCGUGUGUUUAAUUUUCUGAAUGAAAGUGCAAAUCUGCCACGGAAAAUGCAAAGUGUGGUAUGCAGUAGACCAGGUGCGACUAGAAAGCUGGAGCUACAGAUCCGCCUGUUCUACCGGCGCGUUCUCUUAGAUCACUGGGAGCACCAGUUCGAUAUAGCUUUCUGGUUGACUCGCAUCCUGAAGCCAUGGCCGAUGGUGAAUCAAGCAAGACUGUUGUACUUACUCUAUGGGCCUCUGUCCCUCAGUGAUGGAGGUCAGAUCCACUGGCAUCAUAUGACCCAGUUACCUGCGAGCGAGGACAGUAUUAAGGGUAUUGCAGCAGCGGUUAGAUUGUUACAUGAAAAUGCCAAGGAAUGGACAGCUGAUGACAUUUUCACCUUGUUAGAAGAAUUAGCAGGUUUCCCUCAAGAGUGGCUCCUGGAGAACAGUGCUCGCCUUCUGAUUUGUUGUGGGAAUAACAUGUGCUUUACGUUCCUGGCCAAUAAAGCUGUAAAUGGGAGGCUCAAUGAACUUGCCACACUUAUUGUGUUCCUGUCUUUGGUAUGUGAAAAGGAUGGGUACUGCAUGGACUGGACUGUGAAAAUGGUUCAUAGAAUCUGCAAGGUGAUACCCAACAGUGAAAGCAGGUGGAAUUUUCUACAGGCUAUUGAGAAGGUCUUUGCACGGGUUACCAUGGAUAUGAUUGAAUCCUUAAUGUUUAGCGGCCUUGAUGAAGACGAAGGCGUAACAUACAACAUGUACAAUAUGGUGAAUGCUCAAGCAGAGUUUCAUAAAGAAGUCAUGCUUUGUGCUUUCAGCAACAUCCUAACGUGA